AAAAAAAAAAAAAAUUAAAAGUAAACGGGGGCGGGUACGGAAGUUGGAUGCUAUCUCGGCUUUCCCGGAGUACUGUCAUCGGCCUCCUCUGUUCACUGAGACCAGGAAGCACAUCCUUCGCUUCUCUCAAUCUUGAGCUACUGAACACUUCCAAUCCCAGGUCGGAAUCCCGAGCUCUUUCCUCUAGAUUCGACUUUAGACAUGUGCCAAGAACAUGAAUGUGCAUAGAUAUGGUGGUUGCGCUUUCAUACAUAGAAAUCCGCUUAUAACUAGGUUGCUCAGACAUGAAUGUGGUUGCUUUGGCUUGCAUUUUAGUACCGAUUGAUAUGCACCAACGUGGAAGUUGCCUUCUUCCAGAUUUUGGAUUAGAACCCAAAGCAGGGUGAAUAAAAUCUGAUGGAAAGAUUGCGAUCUCGAACCCCUUUACUUCCUUCUGAUCUUCCAGAAUCCACCUCCUCUAACAAUACUGAAAGCGCUCAGUUAAAUGCACAUGGAGUUCGUGGGCUGUCUGGUAUUCAGGGACUGAAGAAGAGAGGUCACGGAAGUCGUUCUUGGAUAAAGAUUGAUCCGCUUGGGAAUAUAAGUAUUUUGGAGCUUGACAAGGCUACUAUAAUGAGACAUUGUUCGUUGCCUGGAAGAGAUCUCCGACUUUUGGAUCCUUUGUUCAUAUACCCUUCUACAAUAUUAGGAAGGGAGAGAGCUAUUGUUGUUAGUCUUGAACAGAUCAGGUGUAUAAUCACCGCUGACGAGGUUAUCCUGAUGAAUUCCCUGGAUGGAUGUGUUGUUCAGUACAAGUCUGAAUUGUGCAAACGCCUAGAGUCAAACAAAGAUCAAUCUGAUGACUUGCCUUUCGAGUUUAGAGCAUUGGAGCUGGCUCUGGAACUAACCUGCAUGUCUCUAGAUGCUCAGGUAAAGGAACUGCAAAUGGACAUAUACCCUGUGCUGGAUGAACUAGCAUCAUCAAUAAACACUGUCAAUCUGGAGCGUGUGCGUAGACUCAAAGGUCACCUUCUUGCAUUGACUCAACGAGUUCAAAAGGUCCGUGACGAAAUAGAACAUCUCAUGGAUGAUGACGGUGACAUGGCUGAGAUGUACCUUACUGAGAAGAAACAAAGGUCAGAGGGUUAUCCCUUAAGUGACCUUUGUUUUCAAACUAACACAUCAGGCGAGGAAACAAUUGUUUCAAAAUCUGCUCCUGUUUCUCCAGUGGGGUCACUCAGUGGAGCACAUCAAUUGCAAAGGGCUUUUACCAGUUUUGUGAGUUCAAGCAGGAAUGGAAGCUUAUUGAGUUCAUCUAAUUUCGGAGAAAACAUUGAUAAACUGGAAAUGCUGCUUGAAGCAUACUUUGUUGGCAUCGACCAUACUCUCAACAAGUUGUUAUCGCUGAAAGAAUACAUAGAUGAUACCGAAGACUUGAUUAACUUUAAACUGGGCAAUGUUCAGAACCAUCUGAUACAGUUUGAGUUGCUCCUUACAGCGGCUACCUUCUUGGCUACUGUUUUUGCCGCUGUUACAGCAGUAUUUGGAAUGAAUUUACCCUCCGCUGUUUUCGAUAGUCCAUCUACAUUCAAUUGGGUUUUGGUUUUCAGUGGUGUUGCCUGUGGGUUCCUGUACUUCUCUUUUCUGAUUUAUUUUAGGUAUAAAAGGAUCUUUCCCUUGUAAAGUAUGAAAUUGACGAUUCACAUUCUAAUGGUGAAACUGAAUGUUGUUUAUCAGGGAGAAGAAAAAUCCAAUUGAUUUUACUUGUAUUGAUUGUAAUGAACCUGUUAUAUCACGCUAAAAUAGUGUCAUCAACGAACAAUUAAGCGCA